GUAAAAUGUUCCUCGAUCUCAUAGGAAUUGGAAGUGUUGGAAUUGGGCUGAGUGAAUCCAGUUUGACCGUGACCAGCUUGAACAGGACUUCAACAAUUAAUUUUUAAGGGUUGCUGUAAAUUCAUCAUUCCGCCAGAAGAGGGUAGUGUUUUCAUCUUACCGCCUGUGCUGCGCUGCACUCGCACCGCCACUUGGGGGCGCUGCCUCCUCGGCUCCUUCCAGGGGCUUGAUGACAGGAUGGCGGAGGCAGGGGGACCGGAUUCCACCGCGGCCCGGUGCUUGGACGAGUCAUCGGACAGUGAGCCAGAGCAGGAGCCCGGAUCUCCGCAGAAAUUAAUUCGGAAAGUGUCUACGUCCGGUCAGAUUCGCAGCAAGACGGUGCUGAAGGAGGGAACCCUUUUGAAACAGACCAACUCGUUUCAGCGCUGGAAGAGACGUUACUUCAAGCUGAGAGGAAGGACGCUGUAUUACGCUCAGACCAGCAAGUCGAUCAUCUUUGAUGAGGUGGACCUGACGGAUGCCAGCGUAGCCGAGUCCAGCACCAAGAACGUCAACAACAGCUUCACGGUGAUCACCCCGUGUAGGCGCCUCAUUCUUUGUGCAGACAACCGAAAGGAGAUGGAGGAGUGGAUGCUGGCGCUGCGCAGCGUUCAGAACAGACAAAACUACGAGUCCACCCAGUACAGCAUGGACCACUUCAGUGGGAUGCACAACUGGUACGCCUGCUCCCACGCCAGACCUACAUACUGCAACGUGUGCAAGGAGGCACUGUCGGGGGUCACAUCCCACGGCCUGUCCUGUGAAGUGUGUAAAUUUAAGGCUCACAAGCGCUGUGCGGUCCGAGCCACCAACAACUGUAAGUGGACGACUCUGGCGUCUAUCGGGAAGGACAUCAUUGAGGACGAGGACGGGGUGUCCAUGCCUCACCAGUGGCUGGAGGGAAAUCUCCCAGUGUCGGCUAAGUGCAGCGUCUGUGAGAAGACAUGUGGGAGUGUCCUCCGGCUCCAGGACUGGAGGUGUCUCUGGUGCAAAGCCAUGGUGCACUCAGGCUGUAAGGAGCAGCUGUCCUCCAAAUGUCCUCUAGGUCAGUGCAAAGUGUCCAUCAUUCCUCCCACGGGGCUCAACAGCAUCGACUCUGAUGGUUUCUGGAAGGCGUCCUGUCCUCCGUCCUGCACCAGUCCUCUGCUCGUCUUUGUUAACUCUAAAAGCGGAGACAAUCAGGGAGUGAAGUUCCUGCGACGCUUCAAACAGCUGCUGAACCCAGCUCAGGUGUUUGACCUCAUGAACGGAGGACCUCACCUGGGCCUCCGGUUAUUUCAGAAGUUUGACACGUUCAGGAUCCUGGUUUGUGGAGGAGACGGCAGCGUUGGCUGGGUUCUGUCCGAGAUUGAUGCUCUAACUCUGCACAAACAGUGCCAGCUGGGCGUUCUUCCUCUGGGGACCGGGAACGACCUGGCUCGAGUCCUGGGCUGGGGUUCAGCCUGUGACGAUGACACACAGCUGCCUCAGAUACUGGAGAAACUAGAGAGAGCCAGCACCAAGAUGUUAGACAGGUGGAGCAUCAUGGUCUAUGAGACGAAGUUUCCUCGACAACCCUCCACCUCUACUGUCACAGAAGACUGCAGCGAUGACUCUGAGGUCCAGCAGAUUCUCACCUACGAGGACUCAGUAGCCAUCCACCUGACGAAGAUCCUGACCUCAGACCAGCACUCUGUCGUCAUCUCCUCUGCCAGGGUCCUGUGUGAGACGGUGAAGGACUUUGUGGCUCGAGUCGGGAAAGCUUAUGAAAGGAACACGGAGAGUUCAGAGGAGUCCGAAGCCAUGGCCAAGAAGUGUGGCGUUCUGAAGGAGAAACUGGACUCCUUGCUGAAGACCCUGAAUGAGGAGUCUCAGGGCUCGUCAGCACCUCCCUCUUCUCCUCACCGGAACAUCGCUGAAGGUCAGGAGGAGCCAGAGGUGGUCCACCCACCUCCUCGUCUCCGUCCUGCUAUUCCUCCUUACAUCUUAUCCAACUCUCCCGCUGGUUCACCUCGGACUACUCCCGCCGCGGCAGCCAUCUUUAAACCUCGAGAGCAGCUGAUGCUGAGAGCCAACAGCCUGAAGAAGGCGAUCCGACAGAUCAUCGAGCACACGGAGAAAGCUGUGGACGAGCAGAACGCUCAGACUCAGCAGCAGCAGGUGUAUUCCGUGGGUCGGGCGGAGCCACAGGUGGGUCUGGUGGAGGAAGAUGAGGAGGAGGAGGAAGGGAAAAACCCCUGUGAGAAGCAAAUCAGUAAAGGCAGCCUAUCACGAGGAAGCACUGCUUCACUUCCUGCUCAGACAGGAAGUCGAGAAAACAUGCCCAUGCUCAACACAAAGAUCUUCUUUCCUGGCUCUCUAACCAGCAGCUCGAUCAUCAGUCGUCUGCUGGUCAACGCCGACCCGUUCAGCUGCGACGCCGACAACAUGGACUGCUAUACGGAGAAGUGUGUCAUGAACAACUACUUUGGAAUCGGAUUGGACGCUAAGAUCUCUCUGGACUUCAACAACAAGAGAGACGAGCACCCAGAGAAGUGCAGGAGUCGGACCAAGAACAUGAUGUGGUACGGGGUGUUGGGAACCAGAGAGCUGCUGCACAGAACCUACAAGAACCUGGAACAGAGAGUCCUGCUGGAGUGCGACGGACGUCCCAUCCCUCUGCCUCGUCUGCAAGGAAUCGCUGUCCUCAACAUCCCGAGUUACGCGGGGGGAACCAACUUCUGGGGCGGGACCAAGGAGGACGAUACCUUUGCUGCUCCGUCCUUUGAUGAUAAGAUCCUGGAGGUCGUUGCUGUCUUCGGCAGCAUGCAGAUGGCGGUGUCAAGGGUCAUCAACCUGCAACACCACCGCAUCGCCCAGUGUCGGACAGUAAAGAUCACCAUCCUGGGGGACGAAGGGGUCCCGGUCCAGGUGGACGGGGAGGCCUGGAUCCAGCCUCCUGGUUACAUUAAGAUCAUACAUAAAAACCGGACCCAGACCCUGACCAGAGACCGGGCGUUUGAGAACACCCUGAAGUCCUGGGAGGACAAGCAGAAGUGUGAGUUCCCUCGCUCCCAGCCCGCCCAGUCCUCCCAGCCAGAGACGGUCUCUGAGGAAGAGUCAUCGCGGAUCAGCGAGCUCGGUCAGGCGGCUGGAGCCCUCAUCCUCAGUAUCCGUGAGGUGGCCCAGUCUCACCACAGCAUGGAACAGGAACUGGCUCACGCCGUCAACGCCAGCUCCAAGGCUAUGGACGUGGUAUACGCCAAGAGUCCCGGGGCUCUGACCUGCAGCUCAGUGGUUCAGAUGGUCAGUAAUGUCAAAGCUUUGCUCAGUGAGACGGAACUGCUCCUGGCUGGAAAGAUGUCCAUGCAGCUGGAUCCUCCGCAGCAGGAACAGCUGAAUGCAGCUCUGGGUUCUGUGGCUCAGCAGCUACGUCGGCUGUCUGAUGUCCCCUGGUUGUGUCUCGUCAUCGACCCGCUGGACCAUGAGGGUCCUCUGAUGGACUUUUCUAAGCGCAGCCGGAGCGGUAAGUUCCGUCUGGUCCCAAAGUUCAAGAAGGACAAAAACAUCAAGAACAAAGAAAUGUCCUCCACUCUGUCCCUGCCAGGUGAGCUGUCCGUCACUCGUGGGUUAACGGUGUUUGAACCGCUUCCUGUCCAUCUGAAUCACUUCCUGUUUGUCUCAGUUGACCAGUGGGGGACUGAAGAGGUGGGAGCGUGGCUGGACUUUCUCUGUCUCUCUGAGUAUAAGGACAUAUUUACUGGACAUGAUGUCCGUGGAGCGGAGCUCAUCCACCUGGAGAGAAGGGACCUAAAGGACCUGGGGGUGACUAAGGUAGGUCACAUGAAGAGGAUCCUGCAGGGCAUCAGGGAGCUGACCAGGACCAGCAGUGCCAGCGAGGUCUGACCAGCAGCAGAGACCACUUCCUGCUCUUCUCCGGUCUCUGCUGCGGUUCAGUCACCUGACCUCAGAGGCUGAUGUAACGGGACCAGAAUCACAACACUGAACACAUCUCUCUGGCAAACACCUGUGGACCAGUCUGAAGAUCCAUCGGUGCCUUCUCUUCUCACCCAAAGAGGAUCCUUCAGAACCGACCCGUCUCGACAAGCCCGUGGCCUUCAGUCGGUUCCGCCAUCCAGACCUUAGUUCUGGCUCUGAAGACUGUGGUCCGAUCUUCAAAGGACAAACUUGGGCAUGGGGGGGACGAACUCACCUUUUACAUUGUAGGAAACAGGAAGUGAUGUCAUGGACAAUAGGAUCGUGUGAGCAACUUAAGUCUGAGUUUCACACUUUGUGGUUUUUGUUGGUUUUGAAUCUGGUAAAAGGGUCCCAGACUGUCUGAUCUGAGCAGGAUCCAGAGUCUUCUCGGAGCCUCGACCGCGUUCAGCCUCAGCUGGAGGAAAGCCGACUGAUCCCAUAUCGGAAUUAUGUCUCACCGUGUUAGAUGUUCAUCUCUAAAGCUGCGAUUCCUUCAGAAUCUACUCAGCAUGACUCGAUUCGGUUUGGAUGGAUGGAUUUUCAUCAGUAUCAGGUACCAACUGUCUGGUACCAACCCGGGUUGAAAAUACGAUAUUGGCGAACAUUUGUCAUUGAUGGGUGGAGUCACUGGUUGCUCCAAAGUUUUCCACUAAAAAAGGACAGCGGCUGAGCAGAAUGUCCGUCUGCCGUUGCUGGUCUGUGUCGUUUCUGUGAUAUACCGAUCUCACACACACUCACACACACACCAACACAUUCUCACACCCAAAGCCUCAAUAUGACGAUUCGGGACGCCCCGGCGCGUCAGGAGACGACGAUCAGGGACACGUGGCUCCGCUGGCGUCACUGUUUGACGCGCGCGGUUACACGGACAUUAUUCCACUAUUUAACCUUCCCCUCAUCCCAACCCUAACCUUAAGGUCAGUAACUGUGACCUUAAGGUUAAGAUUGGGGUGAGGGGAAGGUUAAGUUGUUCACAAGUAGUUCUAUUGUCCGUCUCACCACCGGCGUCGAAUACCGACGCUCUGGGACGUGUCCCUGAUCGUCGUCUCCUGACGCGCUGGGGCGUCCCGAAUCGUCAUAUUGAGGCUUUGGGUGUGAGAAUGUGUUUCACACACUCACACACACACACACACACACACACACUAUGACGAGCACACCCACCAGAGCCUUGUCCCCGUUGUAAUGGAACUCCACCCGAACCGUCAUCAGCUUAGUCAUACCAAGUGGAUCUGUGCUGAGUAGGGACUAAUGGAACUGCGGCAAAAGGAACCCACCAGAGAACUGGACCGGGUCUGGUACUGCACCAGUACUCACUCUGGUUCGGACUGAAACUGUAUCAGGUGUUGCCUUAAAGACACGUCAGACAGCGGAUCAGCUUACCGUUAACCCAACCCGUGUGCGUGUAACCAGACUUCCUGUUGUGAUCCGUCUGAUCAUUGGUUAAUCACUUUUACUCCAUCAGUGUUUCUGACUUAUUCUGACAGAUGUAUCAGUGCAGAUGUGUGUAACUCCCCCUAUUCAGUGCCUUGCUCACAGGCACGUUGACUAGUUUGUAUAUUUAUUAUAUAAUUUAUCAAGCUGUGGUUGUUGGUGCGCCCCCUGCAGAGCAUUCCUGUAAGUGCAGCAACCUAAAAGUAAACCGUUUCUGCAGAAA